AACUCGAUAUCCAGUUGUUCAGGCGGCCAAUCUUCUAAUCAGUUGUGCUAACGAGUGAACGGCGUACAACACUGGGACAACCGGCCACAUUAUAAAACCGAGAACUUGAAGGGCAUACAGAAAAUAUUUGCCUCAAGAACCAGUUUAUUUUGAAGUUGGAUUUCUGUCUUUAACGAUGAGACUUAUAUACGCCAGUUUGUUUGUUGCGUUUCUGUGUGUUACAUGCAGCAGAAAGGCUGUCGCGCAAAAUGCUGAUACGGUCGAUAUUGGCAAAACGAUACAACUUGUAUGGAAUGUAUUAGUCAAAUAUUACAAAGAAGCAAAUUUUGGGCAAGAGCCUCCAGCCAAGUUUUACAGCGUCAUAUACCAGAUACAAAGAGCAGUGACCGAUGAAAUUGUGAGUCGAAACCCACGAGCUCUCCUGCUUACACCAGAGCAGAGACAGAAAGAGUUGCUGCACUUUAUCAAAACAGCUGGGCGCGGUGGUGAUAUUGACUUUGCAAGAACCACCUUUGGGAAAUCACUGUUUGCUUUCAUGAAGAGCAAGCUCAAUCUCGGAUUGAAGCCAGUUGAGGUUCAGAAGGCUGCGACAAAAUACAUGGAAAAGAUAAAAAAGGAAAUAGGAAGUGAUACUUUUGAAGAGGUUUUCGCUAAACGUGGUGAUGCAACUUUGAUGUUUGUUAUCGACACAACUGGCAGUAUGAAAAACGAAAUUCUUGCAGCAAAAGCCAUCGCCAAAAGAAUUAUAACUGAAACUCGCGAAUUUGAUGUCGACUACAUUUUAUCGCCAUUUGGAGACCCAGGCUAUGGUCCUAUAACAUACAGAAAUCAGUCUCAACGAGAGGAUUUCGUGGAAGCCAUCGACAAUCUGGAUGCAAAGGGAGGAGGUGACUGCCCAGAGUUAACGUUCACUGGUAUGCUGGAAGCCCUUAACGCUGGACCACGCUUCGGAUCACCGAUGUUUGUUUUCACCGAUGCCAAUGCUAAAGACGCCACUAUCGACAACAUAAAUGCCGUCAAAGUGGCUGCCUAUUCUUCCGGAUCGACGAUCAACUUCUUUGGAAAAACCGAAAGUUGUGGAAAAAACAUUGACAUCAAAGAGUUUCAUGACGUAGCCUCGUUUACGUCUGGACAAGUGUUUGCUCUCACUGAUACAUCUGAGCUGCGGAAGCUUUCUCUGCUGGUGCGAAACAGCCUGCUCAGUUCUACCGUCAUAUCAAGCGCCAAUAGUAGGCCAAUUACUUAUAGCAAGCCUAUACUGAAACGUGUCAGGAGAGCAAUCCCAUACCCAAAACAAUACGUCAUACCUGUUGAUAAUACAGUUGGUCGUCUGGUUGUUUCUGUCACGGUUCAACAUAAAGACACUGCUAGGCUGGUGUCCUUGAGAGAUCCAUCUGGCAUUUACCAGGAAACCAACGUCAGCCUCUCAAGGGCUAAAGUGUAUGAAAUAAAGUCUCCGGCUCCUGGAGUUUGGACAUUGUAUUUCCCCCCUGAGACAGGCGUGCAUGAUUACAUCGCAAGAGCACUCUCAAAGAAGCUUAUUCAGUUUGGAUUCAUCUUUUUCCAUCGAUUUGUGCGCAAGAACACGUUGAUCCCUGUGUCACAUCCACUACUCGGAGAUGAUGUCCAUUUGUACUUGUCACUCACUGGCUUGGAGAACAUCAAACCAAACACUUUGACAGUCGACCUGCUCCGGGAAGAUGGCUCCAAAUUGCGUGGUGGUCUUCGCCUCUCCCACGAAACCGGCACAACCAUCUUCAACACAACAUUCCCAUCCUUUGAUGAAACAUUUAAAAUUAGAAUCCGUGGUAGGACAAUCGAAGGAUAUGCCUUCCAGAGGUUGUCAGAGAAGACUGUUAAAGCCCAGCCAAUUAUGGUGCGUGCAUUGUAUGGAGAUAGGGAUUAUACAGUACUCAAUGGCAGAAAGAUGCUACUCAUCUUCGAGGUACUGAACCGUGGACCAGGUGCUGUCUUCAAGUUUGACUGCAUUGCUAAAUACGGAACCCCGCUGCUUCGAACGAAAAGCCGAAGAAUACGCCGACGAGGAUACUUUAGGCUGCAUUACUUUGCGCCAAAGGGUUCACACUACAAGGGCAGAGUUGAUCAGCUUGUUGUCUCAGUUAGAGGGGUCAAGAAUCCUGUCUAUGUCUUCACCGCCAUCAAAGUCCUAAUCUUGUAAGGUAAAAGCGGCCAAAGCAACUUUGUAUACAUGAUGUAAUCUCUUCCACACGAUUACAGCCGAAUACGUAUAGGAUAAAUACACUUGGGUUUUGCCUGUAUCUAUCGACGAAUUAAAGCACUAUCAUUACGAACGAAGAGAACUUUAUCUUAAUUUUGGCUUAUUCUUGGCAGCCAUUUGUGAAUUCUCGGACUAUGUAGAUAAAUUAACGAUUUUGAAUAGGGUCAGGUAGAAAUAAGCAAGUGAAAUUCUUGCAGAAAGUACUUUUAACGGUCGUAUUUUUUGUCCUUGUUUAGUUAAAUGACAUCAAAAGAACAAACUGGUGGUCUCAAAUCUAUGAACUGAUUGUUAAUGCAAUGGACAAAAAGGAAAUCUUGGUGGCCUAGGCUAUGUCUGGAAAAAUACUGUCUUUUAAGAUCAACCUAUACAUGAUACCAUAAGCCAAGGUGACAAUAAUAAGAUCGAAGUUUAUGUUCUUAUCGGCAGUAGGUAGCUACUGUCUGCCUGCUUUUUGAGUAAGAUGCCUGCGUCAGUGUGGGCCCAGUUCUCAAUUUUUCGAUGACACAUGGUCAAGCGCACGUCGCUACCUGCCAAUUGAGUAAGAAUGGACUAUAACAUUUUCUAAUGCAACGUUCAUUCAGCCGAGGACACUUGUAUAAAUCAUUCCUAUUUGUGGUUUGUAAUUUUGUUUAGGCCUGCUAUGUUAAUCUCGAUAAUGCUAGUCAUCCCUUGUGGCUUCAAGGGCAUAUUAAGACUUUUAGCACCAUAGGGGCGUGUACCAUAAUCCCGAAGCUACUACACACGAUCAUAGCAUUAGCUUCUAGCUGCUUUCAACAAUUGAGAAACAUUGGGAAAGCAAACAUUGUAGUCAUGGUAAUGUAUCUUUGACUGAAUAGCUUGGAGAUUCUGAAUGAAGUUAGUUUUCCAUUUUUUUAGUUGUAGCUUGUUUUUGCUUAAAUAACGACUCUGAACGAUGAGUAACGAACUCGAUUCUACUUAGUAGUUGUAAUUUCAAUUUCAAACCGAUUCACUAGAAGGUCGUAAUCUUGUAACAGUUCCCGUGAAAAAAUUAAAACUCUUGUUAG